UUAUUUCUUUUCAGUCUCUUUCGCUGUCAAAUCCCCCCCCCCCCCCGAGAUUUUUUCUUGUUAUUGUUGUAGCUCACAUUACAAUUUAGUGAAGAUAGCAUUUUCCUAUCUCCGAUCUGAAUUCUCGGUUAAAUUCAAUCUGCAAGAGAGAGAGAUUUACGCUCAGGAUUUGCCCCUUUUUUAAAUGCAAAGCAGUGUGCAUCGUGAGAAACCUAGCUCGAUCGCGAUGAUCCUAGAAACUCACCGGAACGUUGAAUUCCCGCAUCGGAUCGUCGAUAAGCGUCCGAGAAAACGGCCCCGAUUGGCUUGGGAUGCUGCGCCACCUCCUCUUCCUCCUCCUCCGGUAUUUCAUCCUCCGUUGUACUAUGGUCAAGAGUUUGCAAGUGGACUGGUACCGAAUUUCGUGUACCCGAACUUGUUUUAUAAUGGCCUUCCUCGUCAGGGCUCUCCUCCCUGGAGACCUGAUGAUAAAGACGGUCAUUUUGUCUUUGUGGUCGGAGAUACUUUGACUCCUCGAUAUCAAAUUCUCAGCAAAAUGGGUGAAGGUACAUUUGGCCAAGUAUUGGAAUGUUUUGAUAAUAAAAACAAAGAAGCUGUGGCCAUCAAAGUUAUACGGUCUGUAAACAAGUAUCGUGAAGCUGCCAUGAUUGAAAUUGACGUGCUGCAGAGGCUUACAAGGCAUGAUGUUGGUGGUUCUCGUUGUGUGCAAAUACGGAAUUGGUUUGACUAUCGUAAUCAUAUUUGUAUUGUGUUUGAGAAGCUUGGCCCAAGUUUGUAUGAUUUUCUCCGCAAAAACAGCUACCGUUCAUUUCCUAUUGACCUUGUUCGUGAGCUUGGCAGACAACUUUUGGAGUCUGUAGCAUAUAUGCACGAUUUGCGUCUGAUUCACACAGAUUUGAAGCCGGAGAACAUUCUUCUGGUGUCGUCUGAAUAUAUCAAAAUACCUGAUUAUAAGUUUUUAUCACGACCCACGAAAGAUGGGUCAUACUUCAAGAAUCUGCCAAAGUCAAGUGCCAUAAAGCUCAUUGAUUUUGGAAGUACAACGUUUGAACAUCAAGACCAUAACUACAUUGUAUCCACAAGGCAUUACCGCGCACCAGAAGUUAUCCUAGGGGUUGGAUGGAACUAUCCAUGUGACCUGUGGAGUAUUGGUUGCAUACUUGUUGAGCUUUGUUCGGGAGAGGCGCUUUUCCAAACGCAUGAAAAUUUGGAGCAUUUGGCCAUGAUGGAAAGGGUGCUAGGACCAUUGCCACCUCAUAUGGUGCUCAGAGCCGACCGGCGCUCGGAAAGAUACUUCAGGAGAGGUGCAAAGUUAGAUUGGCCUGAAGGUGCAACGUCGAGAGACAGCUUGAAAGCAGUAUGGAAACUUCCCCGGUUGCCGAACCUGAUCAUGCAACAUGUGGAUCACUCGGCGGGUGAUCUGAUAGAUCUGUUACAAGGGCUGCUUCGGUAUGAACCAACGGAGAGGCUCAAGGCAAGGGAAGCACUGAGCCAUCCCUUCUUCACAAGAAGCCGGGAACAGAGUAUUCCCUUUAACCCAACCCCUCAUCCAUUUUUAUAUAACCACAAGAACUAAUAAGAGGAAAAGCAGAUGAAUGAAUGUUUGGGGAUUCAAAGAUCUGGAGCUUCUGGUUUCUUCAUUUCUCUUGGUGUUUUUUUGUAGCCAUGUAUGUUAUACAUAAUUUCAUGUAUAGAAAUGAAAAGAAAGAAGGAAAUGCCUUUUGUACCUUAUUUCGUGUGUCUGUUGUUUUUAUUUGUUUCCUGUGUUCGGUCUCCGACCACGACCGACCAAGAUUGUUCCGUGGUUGUUCAAAAGUGUUACUACAGUUUCUUACACUCAAAAGUUUAUGUUGAAUGUGUGUUUCACA